AUGGCUCCCCGUGAUGCUAAUGUGCCGGCUGCUGCUGCUGCUGCUGCUGGAGGAGUCCUGAACAAGCAGGGCUCGGAACCUGUCACGCCGAGGACGCUUUUCAACGGAGUUCAGGGGCCUUUUGGAGCGGAGGCCGUUAAUGAGCUGUCAGCAAGGACGUCGGCGCUCAGGAUCAAUGAUUUGCCAGAAGAAGGGAAGGACAAACGCGCGUCAGCGAGUGUGACGCAGACGGCUGCACCUGCUGUCCAAGGCAAAGUUAAGGAUGCGGUCAAGGAAGCUGAGGAGGAGGAUGGUUACCUCAGCGACGACCCUGAUGAGUGUCAGGGCCCGGACGCGGUCAAUGACAUUGCGUCUCAAGCGGGGUUCGCCAUCACGCUACUCAUCCCGGCCAAGUGGAUCGAGGAGGUUCCACGCAUGAUGGAUACGGUUCGCGGGCUACUCCUGCUGUGGGAAGAGCACCUGACGGAGAACAUGAAGUCUGGUGACGGUGAUCUGCUGAAGCGCAAGCGCACGGCUUUCCUGGAGGGUUCGGCUUUCCACAGAGUGCUGGAUCCGGUGACAGGGUCGGACACGGAUAAGAUAAAGGGGUUGGUGUACCGGCACCCCGGGGAUAAGUCACUGCGGCCGCUGGAGAUCCAGCUCACCUCUGUACCACCUCCCCUCCAAGCAGCGGCCUCCCUGAAGCUGACCUCAGCUACAAAGGCCAUUAUGGAAGACCCGGCGGUGGUUUUCACUUCUACCAACGGCGCGCGGGAGGAGUGGCUGUGUGUCCAGGAGGGAUGCGGGAGGGCCCAUGACGUCAGUUUCGCGAAGGCGGCAGAGCACGCGGCCUCGGUCAUGCAGUGCACCGAGCGCCUCAAGGCGGGAUCGGCGACACGUCAGAGCAGGGGGAAGAUGAACCUCCUGGCGGUCAAGAAGGAGUUCGGGAUGUGA